CGUUUCUGCAGCAGCAUAUUGCAUAUCGCCAUCUUUUAAUGUUAUCCCGAGUGUUUUGCUGUUUUGCCGUGAUUUUAGUGCCAAAAAUGCUGUUAAUUUAGUUUGUUUCCACGAAUCAGUGUUCAGGGAUGAUAGAGGGUAGUGUAAGUGUUUUUAUCAAGAUCAAACGAGGAAAAGAAUAUUAAGGCGUGGGUGGUCGCAAACCGAAUCUCAACCUCCGGGAAGUUGAGUUCUCUCUUUCUCUGUGUGUAUUCUUCUGUUCACACACCAGAACAGCAAAAUCAUCAAAAUUACGCAAAUACACAUUAGGACAAGUUAGUCGGCUGGUGCUGCCGGUGCGGAAGGGUGUACGGGGUGCGGCAAAGAUCUGGAACAAGACGAACGAACGAGAGAGAGGAGAGGCAAAAAGAACAUCAGCACAGCUUCAGCACCAGAUCGCGGAAAAGACCUGAGAAGUUAGUAGCAGCAGCAGCAGCAGCAGCAAAAGUCCAGAUGACGACGAAUAAUGGCAGAGAAGUCUAUCACGAAGGCUGGCUGAUCAAAUCGCCUCCGACGAAGCGAAUCUGGCGAGCGCGAUGGAGACGUCGUUGGUUUACGUUGAAGCAAGGCGAGCUACCCGGACAGUUUUUCUUAGAGUAUUACACCGACCGCAAGUGCCGGAAGUUGAAGGGGAUCAUCGAUCUGGACCAGUGCGAACAGGUGGAUGCUGGAUUGCGGCUGGAUCGACAAAAGGAAAAAUACGCCCACAUGUUUGAUGUGAAAACACCCACGAGAACCUACUAUCUGGCGGCGGACACCGAGGAAGAUAUGCGCGGUUGGGUCAACUGUAUCUGUCAGGUGUGUAACUUGCAGGAGACACAAACGGUGGAAGAAGAGAGGCCGUAUUACAACAUCGAUGCCAUCAAUAUGGCCUCCGUGGAUCACCAGCAGGACGUUUCUAAUGAUACCGAGAUCACGCUGCUGCAUUCGACCACCGGCGAAGCUGGCCAAGAGCAGCACAUUCAACAACAGCAGCCACAACCGAGACAAUCUGUGAUGUCCAAUGCAACGUACAAUCCGUACGGAACCUACCAGAACGAUGAGGUCAUGAACUAUCGAGGCUCGGAAUACUCCAACAGGGAAACCAUAAUCUGUGAAGCUAAAUUAGGUCACGCUCAGAAUCAACCGUUGAGAAAUAACAACUGCGAAGCAUACUCCAACCUGGGAACAAUCGAGCGUUCACAGUCUCUUCGUGGUAAACCGUCAUCGCCGGAAAAGAGUCACUCCGGGCAUGCACACAUGGUGAACCACAUGCGAACUCAGUCACUCAACACGGACUGUCAAAAACUGACGGCCGCCGCUGCAGGUGGAUCUGGUAAAAAGAUUCCGGAAAAUCUCAAACUAAACGAACGCACGGCAGUGUUUGAAAGUGGAACCGAACAGCCCUCGCCCGCGCUAAGCACCUCAUCUGGACCGUACAUUCCAAUCAGUGAGUGCUUCUCGGGCAGUCCGAUGCUGCACUCGCCCAUUACUCCGUUGAACUCGUUGGAUCCGCGAUUUUACGACACUCCACGCAGCCACACCAACAUUGGAUUCAAUCUCAUCAAUCACGAACAACCUUACUCGCCAAAAAGAAACAAUUUAAGUGGUCUGGCCCAGCCGGGACCAACUCAAUUGGCUCAAGCUUCUCGCAGUGGCAAAUCAAGUCCGUCGGACUCCGAGAGUGUUUUCACCGACGACGAAUGGACGGCAACGGGUUCGGAGCAGAUACCGGCGACAAAGGACCGCAGCACUCGCCCGUCGGACAGUUCCAUUGAGAACGAUGCCAUCGGAUGGAAGUAUGUUCAACGAUUCGCAAAGGUAUCUCAAGAGGACCAGGAAAAAGCAGCAGCUGCAGCAGCGAAACCGGCUCCCCCGAGGCCGCCAAAGCGAACCAGUCUCAUACUGGACAGUAUUGAAAAGCACAAGGAAACCCACUCGUCGGAUACGGAGAACGCAUCUCCGGCGAUCGGACCAAAGGACGCCAGUUCGUGCGUGGAACAAUUCUACGACAUUCCUCGGUCGCACCAGCCUGGCCAGUACGCCGGAAGCAGCAUGCACCUGUCGGAAGCCGACCUGUUGUCCCCGUUAAGCCAGUGUGACUUGGUGGCAUCCAGCACGCCAAAUCUGAUGAUGAGCGAAGCGGGCAGCCAAUGCGGAACGCUGGGUCGUACCAGACCUCACUGCUACAGCAACGCCGCUCCCCAACGAAUUGAGGGCAACGUGUUUCGGUUUGAUUUCAGCGAGCAGGGGGACGCACCGGCUAUCAAUCGCAACUUGAAGCCGAAAUCCUCGGUGGACAUUACCAAAUCCGUUGAGAGUGUUUCCCAGGGGCUGAAACAGGUUGCCGUCGCUGCUGCAACGGUUGCUCCUCCUGCCACUCCCGGAAUUCCGAAAAAUCCUCCUCCGACCGUGGACAGAACCAGAAAGCCAACCACGCCAAAGAUUGGCACCAACUCAAUGCGCCGUAAGGGAGGACCUAUGUCGCUGAAUCUUCAAAAUCACAACGAAAACGUCUACGGAAAUACUCAGGAGCAUGGCUCACAGCUCGUAUCUGGAAUCUCCCCCCGCACUCCUGGCAAAAACGACGACCGGCUCCAGUACCUGGAUCUGGACCACUCAAACAGUCCGCAAAAAUCGCACGGACCAAACAGCAGCCUGUCGUCCGCUGGGGGCGGCAUUUCGGCAGGGGCAGGAACUCGUGACGGCGUGACGACAGGCGCAGGAGGCCAUCACGGUGGAGCGCUCGCCAGCAACGGUAUCAGCGCGUCCGGUUCCGGAGCAAACAACAGUCUGCUGGCACCGCCGGCCGUCGCACGCACCCCGUACACUACCGUUGAUUUCGUGAAAACCGAUGCGUUCAACCGGAUCCGUGCCGAUUCGGAGAUGAGUCGCAAUCAGUCCCGGCUAAAGGAUUGAAUUUUCAGAGCUUUUUAGGUGAUUGUAAGGAAAAUUGCAUGUUAACAGGCUUUAAUCAAAUGAGCCGAGAUUAGCGUUAAAAUGUUUUAUUUUAGCAAAUCCUAAAAAUGGAAUAAAAUUUGUAAAAAUAAUAGAUUAAAGUGCAAUUACUCGUAUGCCUUACUGUUAGCUGUUUUCAUUUUAACUUUUUUUAACUAACUGAUCGGAAUAAUAAUAAGUAUUAAAGAUUUGAACAUAAGAUGCUGGGAAAAAAUAUAAAACUGUGAUUUCAGACGGAAUGAGUUCUUUCCU